AUGGGCAACAGAGGAAGACCAAGCACUGGCUGCCAAAUCUGCAGGAACAGGAGAGUCAAGUGCGAUGAGCAAAAGCCAACCUGUCUCAAUUGUCGAAGAACGAAGAGGGUGUGUUACGGAUAUCGUGAUCACUCGGAUGUGGUAUUCCACGACGAGAACCAAUUGGCUAAAAGACAUGCCUUGGAGAACAAGACUAGGCUCAAAACUCGCCACCACUACAUUCGCAGCCCUUUGAUGAGGUCAUUCGCAGUGGACCCGGAUCAGGCUGUUCUUAACCAGUUUUGUGGGCUCUGCGCGCUUGCAGACGGCAGCAAGGAAGGGCGCGACACUCUUCAUGCCGUCAUUCCGUCUCUAUACGCCGGUGCUCGCUCUUCAUCACCUUGCAUUCCUGCAAUAUUGGCCGUGGCGUGGGUGACGUCUGCCCAUUUUACUACCGUCAACCAGCGUAUGGAUAUGGCGCGGCGGAAGUACGGGGAGGCGGUGGUAAAACUCCGAGAUGCCCUACAGGAUCCUCGCACAGCGAAGGCUGAUGACGCCCUCUGCACGGUGCUAUUGAUGCUCAUGCUCGAGAAUAUGACCGCCACUUCCCAGUCGAUGCCAGACCCGAUGAAACACAUAAAUGGUGCCGUUACGUUGGUCAACUUUCGAGGCAUGCAGAACUUCGAGAGCGAUGCAGCAAGGACAACGUUUAAUUUUGUCAAAAUCACCUUGACGGCCCUUCCCGCCUGGCACAAAACAGGAGGCUUCGCCUUCAGUGAUGAAAUAGUAGAGGCUGAUAAAAGGGCCUGCGCAAGAUGCGAAUCUCCAGGCCUUUCGACUAGACUAGGAAACAUAGCUUUCGCGAUUGCCGUCCUCCGUGGAAAACUCGACAGAGCAGCUCUAGAUCAUUCCAAGCCUCAGUCUGUAUGCGAGGUUUUCCAGCAGAGCCGAAUUUUGAAUCAGGAGUUGAUGGCUUGGCGACUUUCGGUACCAAAAGAGUGGGAGGUAUUCUCAUUCGUCAGUCCUGACAACCAGAAACAAUCUUUGGACUCCGCCGAAUUAGCGCGUGCACCAACUUGGCGUGGAUACACGGCUUCGUACCCAGAUUCGUGGAUUGCUAGACUGCUGAACCAUUUUCGCAUGCAUAGCAUAGCAAUCCAGGCCAUUGAUAUUCGCUGUGCGGACUGGAUCGCUCGAUAUUGCAGCGCUGAGCGUCCGGCAUCAGAAGUACCAAUACCAGGGGAUGUCGCCACCGCUCAUGACUCGUUGACACGUUUAAAAGCGCAGAAAGUUAUUAGGACGUUAGUUGAUGGAAUUUGUGCAAGCGUCCCAUAUCAUCUGGACGAAUUAGUCUUGAAAGUAAGACAGGACGAGUCUGUUGGCCGUGGUCGGUCACGCAAGUCUUGCCAGAAAUUUCGUCCGGGCGAGACAGGUUCAGCAGCUUCAAACGAAAGUCAAUCCAGAUUGAGAGGGCCUAGGGGGCCGGGUGGGAGCUUCGUACUACUUCAGCCCUUGGUGGUAGCAUAUGCUGCGCCUGGUAUACCAGCAGAUCAGAAAAGGUGGAUACUGGGCAAAGCUUUGGAAAUUGCCAAGCACAUCGGUAUGGAUGAGGAGAUGGUUGAAAAAAUGCUUAACAAAUUAGCCUCUAGUUGA